AUGGUGAGUGAGAGCCAUCACGAGCGCCUGGCUGCCCCGCCAGUCACCACUGCUGCAACUGUUAUCCCACAUAAUGCCACCGAGCCAGCCAGUCCUGGGGAAGGAAAGGAAGAUGCCUUUUCAAAGCUGAAGGAGAAGUUUAUGAAUGAGCUGCAUAAAAUUCCAUUGCCACCGUGGGCCUUAAUUGCCAUAGCCAUAGUUGCAGUCCUAUUAGUCGUGACCUGCUGCUUUUGUGUCUGUAAGAAAUGUUUGUUCAAAAAGAAAAACAAGAAGAAGGGAAAGGAAAAGGGAGGGAAGAAUGCCAUUAACAUGAAAGACGUCAAAGACUUAGGGAAGACCAUGAAAGAUCAGGCCCUUAAGGAUGAUGAUGCUGAAACCGGAUUAACUGAUGGAGAAGAAAAGGAAGAACCCAAGGAAGAGGAAAAACUGGGGAAACUCCAAUAUUCACUGGAUUAUGAUUUCCAGAAUAACCAGCUGUUAGUCGGGAUCAUCCAAGCUGCUGAACUUCCUGCCUUGGACAUGGGGGGAACAUCUGAUCCAUAUGUCAAAGUCUUCCUGCUGCCUGACAAAAAGAAGAAAUUUGAGACAAAAGUUCACCGAAAAACCCUCAACCCUGUCUUCAAUGAACAAUUUACUUUCAAGGUACCAUACUCGGAAUUAGGUGGCAAAACCCUGGUGAUGGCUGUAUAUGAUUUUGAUCGCUUCUCCAAGCAUGACAUCAUUGGAGAGUUCAAAGUUCCUAUGAACACUGUGGAUUUUGGCCACGUGACCGAGGAAUGGCGUGAUCUCCAGAGUGCUGAGAAGGAAGAGCAAGAGAAACUAGGGGACAUCUGCUUCUCCCUCCGCUACGUCCCUACUGCCGGCAAGCUGACUGUUGUCAUUCUGGAAGCGAAGAACUUGAAGAAGAUGGAUGUGGGUGGCUUAUCCGAUCCUUAUGUGAAGAUUCAUCUGAUGCAGAACGGCAAGAGACUGAAGAAGAAGAAGACAACCAUUAAGAAGAACACGCUUAACCCCUACUACAACGAGUCCUUCAGCUUUGAAGUUCCUUUCGAGCAGAUCCAGAAAGUGCAAGUGGUGGUAACUGUUUUGGACUAUGACAAGAUUGGCAAGAACGAUGCCAUCGGCAAAGUCUUUGUGGGCUACAACAGCACCGGUGCCGAGCUGCGACACUGGUCAGACAUGCUGGCCAACCCCCGGCGACCCAUCGCCCAGUGGCACACUCUCCAGGUGGAGGAGGAGGUUGAUGCCAUGCUGGCUGUCAAGAAGUAAAGGGACGAAGAAGCCUUUCUGCAUUUGCCCACAUAGUGCUCUUUAGCCAGUAUCUGUAAAUACCUCAGUAAUAUGGGCCCUUUCCGUUUCCAGCCAUGCAUUCCUCAUACAACUCAGUGGUACUUCAGAUCCCGUUUUUGAUUUGCACAAAUUUAAGUGUAGAGCGCCCCCAUGCCCUUCUUCAUACC